UAAUGCAUGCUGCAUGUAUUCAUCCCUGUUCUAAAUUAGGUGCCAAAUCUUUGAUUCCUGAUAAAUCAAAUUUAUUGAGAGUUAACCACAAAGGUUAUCAAGUUAUAUAUCCGCCAACAUUGAAUAUAACUAAAUAAAUAUAAUAUAAUUUAACCAACCAAAAAUAUAUCUGCUGAUUAUCACUAUCCAAUUGAAAUUGUAUAACAAAUAUGGGUAUUAUACAGUCAGUGUUUUGUUCUAUCAUAUUUUGUGUGGAAAGGGUUUUAACAUGGACAUGCUGUGCAUUUUUGUUAAUGCUGCUGAUGUUUACCAUUAUUGUGCUAAUGGUUUACGGGAUAUCAGUUGGUUAUCACUACGCACAGAAAGAACUCGCUUCAUUUGCUAUGUCCUCCAGAACGACGACGGAAGAAACAAUAGCGCGUCGAGCGGGUGGAGACAGCCGUCCAAUCGUGCGGCUAGUGGCUGUCAAUCGAACAGAAGUUGAACAUGCACCACAACCUAUUCUAGAGGUACAACGUUCAGCAAGAAAACAAGGUGGAGAAAAAGUAUAUCUAGAAACAUCAGUUACUCCAGUUAUUGUAUUAGAAACUGAGAGGCCACCAAAGGAGCCGGAACUGUCCCCUCAUGAGAGAGAACUUGCAAGACGACUUAUCGGACGCUACCGUCGAUCGCGCAAUAACGUAACACUUAGCAUUCCCUUCUUUAGACCACUUAACAGCAGUGAGCCUACACUGUCACCUAUUGCUGCUUGAUCUCUAAGUUUUGCGUUCAAUGAAUUGUGGUUUAAAUUGUAUGUUCUUAACCCUAUGGGGGAGACAAAAGUUGCUCUUGCGCGCUAGCUCUUAUUCUCUUUGAAGAGUGUCUUAUAUUCACUUAUCGUCUGUAAAUUUUUGGGAUGAUAUUUAUUUUGCGAAUUAUUAUUAGCUUUUAAUUCAAUUGCUUUGUAUUUUACAAUGAAAUUCAAACAAAUAUAAUAUA